GUUUGGGGACGGCUACACCAUCAUCCUGCGGCUUGCGGAGCCUUCCAAAGAUCCCUGCCCUGUCCACGCCUUUAUCAAGUCUUCCUUCCCUGGCAUUGAGCUGAAGGAGCGACACCAGAAUGUGCUGCAGUACCACCUACAGUCACAAGGUGGCUCCCUGGCACACAUCUUCAGCAUUCUCUCCAGUAAUAGCAAAGAGCUGUCAGUUGAAGACUACUCUGUGUCUCAGACAACUUUGGAUCAGGUGUUUGUCAGUUUUGCGAAGGACCAAACUGACGAUGACCAGCUCAGGGAAGUGAAGGUGAUUAGGGAAUCGGAGACUGCUCACCCCGGCCAACCAGCUGACCCAAGCGAGUCACCUGACAUCAGGUCCCAGGAUGGUGGGAGGGGUCAUCCCAGCAGAGAGUCUUUGAUGAACAGAGUAACGUCCAACCAUGUGGACUCCGUAGACCUGUACUUGGUGGACACACAGGAAAGCAAGAUGUGAGCUGCAUGGGGCAGAUGAGUAGCCAUGGGUGCGCUGGGCCGCACAGCCAGGAGUGAGUCCAUGCCCAGCGUUUGCUGUUCCUCAGAGACAAAGUGUCAGUAAACCCCAGAGGUGGAGUUGUUCAGUCUCCACACUGCUGUAUCACUAUGAAUCCUGCAAUACUUACUUUUUUCUAUUCACGUUAAUGUAAUAGUCUUCAUGCAUUCCUGUUUUUGUUUAUUUAUUUACUUAUCAUGUCAUUCAAUUGGAGCACAUACUUUCUUGGAGCUCCCCCUUGUGGCAGGAAGGUAUAUUGCGCAGGGUGUCCUUUUUAGAAUGUACUCAGCACAUACUUAAGAUUAAAACUUGAACAGGAUUUUAAGAUUUUCAGGCUACUCCUAACUUGCCUGAUGCAGGAUAUUGCACUUUCAAAGAAAUCAUGAGCAUAACCAUAAACUCCAUCCAUUUUCUAUAGCGGCUUGUCUAACACAGAGUUGUGUGCGGGGGGGUCCGGAGCCCAUACUGGAAGCUAUGGGCACAAGGCAGGGAACAACCCUGGAUGGGGCACUAAUUCAUUGCAGGGCACACACACACAGUUUGGCAACUCCUCUUCAUCUUUAUGUGUUUUUGGAUGGGGGGGGGCUGGAGGAAGCCCCACGAUGACAUGGGGCGAACAUGCAAACUCCACACAUUCAGAUUCAAGGCUGAGACCCAAACCCUGGUGCCAGAGGUGUGAGAUGACAGUGCACCACGGCACUGCAUUCUGCCCCUUCCCAUGAUCUCAUACCUGCUGGCUCAAGGUAACACAGUAAACGUGCAGAAAUUCAUGAUUCGAAUGUUAUGCAAAUGUUUACCGAAUCAAUAAAUGUUUUGUGGGGAGUAAUACUGACCUUAAUGGUCUGUAUAUAAGUUGAAUGUAUUUGUGUUGUUAGCACGAAUACAGGUAGAUGGAUACGUUAUUUCUUCAUUACCUUGAUGGCUUUUCCCCAGAUGACCUGCGACGUAGGUAAGACAGGACAGAACACUGAAGACGUAUCUCUCUGCCUCUCGGCUGAGGCAGUAAGUCGGAUUGAUAGUCUGGGCACUAUUCUCACACAGUGUAUUGAGGAGGAAGGAGUUUUCUGCCUUCUGUACAUGCUCAGGGAUCCAGGCUGUUUAUGGCAGCUACUCAGCCCAACUCUCUGCUAUCAUGCUGAGUCCCAAGCAGCCGAGCUGUUCCCUGGUCAAAUAUGACACAGAUCAAACAGAAGCAUGAAAUCACUCUGUCUAAGUUUUGUCUCAAACAAAUACGACAAAUGCAUGACAGCUGGAAGAUCAAAGCAGAUAACCAUUAUCUUGGCAAGGAGACUUUUCUCUGGUUAAUCAGUACGUACAGAUAUUUUAGUAGGAUUUCAAAAUGCUACAUAGGAGCUUUAACUUUAUACUUAACACUGUUAUCCUCUUAAGGACGAUGACAGUGGCUGCAGGAGGUGAGUUUGACCGCAGUGGCACAGCAGUGUGGUUUUUGUUCAGUUUCGUUUAGGUGUGACGUGUCCUUUGUGCCCUGUUUGCUCUGACUCAUUCAGCAUUAUCCCAGCAGACAGGCGUUAACUGCAUACUUUCAGCUUUAAAUGUGUGCUAACGACCCAAGUCUGAACUGUCAUUCACUAACGGAGACAGAAGUAUCUGCAUGCAUACAAAUUACAGUAAUAAGGCAAAACCGGUUUAUUCUGUAAUUACUUUUAAAUACUUUUAUACCUUAUGCUCCAAAAAGGCUGUAAUUAAAGCAGAUGAAAAUAAGUAAAAAGCAAAUAUUAAUGGUCUUGGUAGUAUUGAUUGUUGCUAUGGUUUCAGGAGUUCUUUAAAAUGUCUAUUACUCUUAGUCUACACAACAAUACAGAUAUUUUGAAAAGUAUUAAAGGUAGGUAAGAAUACAUGAAUAACCAGUUGGGUAACUGCUGGUUCCUUAGGAAUGUGCUCUUGAGUCAGAUGUUAGAUGUUGCCCUGCCAACGUGACUCUAGGUGAAUGCAGUCUCUCUCUUCCGCCUCCAUUCUUCUGACAGUUGCCAUAAUAGGUUAACAGAAAUUGUAAGCUGUUGCUGAAUUCGCUUGGGUGUGUUCCUCCAGAUGCACUUGCAGGUGUUCUCCCUUCCAGGUGUGACUGUGUGCCUCUGCUCAUUUUGGGUGGUUGUCUUUCAACGGCAGGUGCCACCCCAUCGCAUCAUCCCCCAGCCAUGAGGGCCUGACCAGAGGCAGACUCUGCCUUCGACUCCAGCUGUGUGCUCCACCUAUAUGACAUUUCACAGCAACAACACAGGAACCUUGUUUGUUUAAUGUGCCAUGAACUAACUUAGCUGACACUUGCCAGGUUCCUUCUGAACUGUUACCCAUUUUAAAGACAUUUUAAAGCUGAUGGUUCUCGGUGGUGCUCAGUGUGUCAGCCUGUACUGGGCAUGAAGGAGCAGUCUUAAGCUUUGAAUCAUGAACAGCUGCCCUGUGCUAUUGAACAAGUGCUAGUAAAGCAGUGAUUUCGCUGAUGAUCAGGCCACUCUUUGCGAAACGUGUUGGUAGCAUUUCAGGUGCUGGUUUUAUCUAUUUUUUUCUUUAUAACUUAUAGACACACAACCUAAAAUAUUGAACAAUAUAUUUACACAAUCCAGACUAUGUGAUAUCUAAUUAAACAUUUUUGAUUAUA